CAGAGCAAGGCGCGGUGCAUUGUGGGAAUGUGCGCUGUGGUUAUGGAGUAUGCUAAAGUGUGUUAGCCGAGUCACAGCAGGAAAACCCAUAGCACAGAAAAAAAUAUCAAUUUAAAGAAGGUUGAGGUGUUCAGGAUGUUCCUGACUCUGGCUCUGCUGCGGAAGGGAAUUCCGGGCCGGCAGUGGAUCGGGAAAUGGCGAAGGCCACGCCCAGUCACCUGGCAGAUGAAGCGGAACACGGUGGAGCGACUGGAGCGUGAGGCUCAGAAUGAGUACUGGCUGAGUCGACCUUACCUGAGCCUCGAGCAGGAGAAAGGCCAUGCCCACGCUCGCCGCACGCACACCUGGGAGACUAUCCGCCACGCCCGCCAGUCCACCUUCCCCCAGCACACCUCCAUAACUGAACACCUGCAGCACCUCAACAUUACUCGUACCUGGAGCUAACACAUAAACACACACACACACACACAGAAUGUUCUCUUAAUAAAGUACUGGUUCACUGUUA